CCCUACACCCGUCCCCGCGUCUCUCCGCCCACGGAUCCAUCCCCACGUCCAUCCCCACGUCCAUCCAUCCCACCGUCCACCACCCCUACUUCCGUCCCUGCACCCAUGUCUCCAUCCGUCCCUGUGUCCUUCCAC